AUGUCGCAAUCGGAAAUAUAUCCACGAGACGAUGAUCCAUCCGAUUUGGACUCGUGUGUAUCCGACGCCGAAAGCCAUGAAACGAUCUCCUCGACUGGCUGCAAUUCCACCGUCUCCGUCGCUUCAGCAGACGUCGCCUCGACCUCGCGAAGCAACCUCUCUUCUUUCGGCUACAGUUACUCUGUCCAUGAAACAUCUUGCGACGCCGUCGAACGUUUCAUCCCCGAAUAUUCCGCAACCCGCAGCUCACUAAGCCUCUCUGUUGACCUUCUGGGCUUACCCAGUGUCCACCGGGCCCAAGAUUCCGACGAACGCGACGGUCGCUUCCUGGAUAAUGAAAGUUUGCGUUACUUCGGCGUCGAUUUAUCUUACUUGUCUCAGCCUGAUGGAAGGAACUCGUGGACGCUUGGUCUAGGUGUUCCUCCAUUGCCGCGGGACCCAUCGUCUUCUGAUGACCCCAGCUCCCACUCGACCCUCUCUCCACUGGCUGCCGUGAGUUCGGUGGAAAAUGAGAGUAUGACGUCCGUAGGGACCUGCCAUCCUGCCGAGGAGGAUGCCACUUUGGACUGCCAGCCAUGGGAACCAACCAAUGGGCGACCUCCGUACAGUAUGACCCAAAGCUCGGACCGUAAUUCACAACGGUUCAUUCAAGCGAUCGGAGUACGAUACGCGCCCACGAACGACGUUGGUUGCACACCGACACCGAAAGGGUCGUCACGUCCCCGACAGGUGUUCAAAGGGAUCCUGGGGGACGUAAAGAAGUUGGGGCAGAGGGUGAAGGACCAGAUAUUGAAAACACAUUCACGGAGACCGUCCGGGGUAUCCUUUUCCUCAGAGAGGCCUUCCAUGACAAUGUCAGCAACAGAGCCCUUAUAUCCCCCGUCGACAGAAUAUGCAAGAUAUUCCGCGGACACUUGCCGUGUCACGAACCUUGAGUUCGCGAACUCUCGAGUUUAUCCGAGAGCUGGCAUCGAUGCUGUGAGCAACAGGCAUUCGAUGCACCCGCGGCCACCGACCCCCUCGACGGGGCUGACCUUCAGCAAGGUCAACUCUCUGGACAUCAAGGAAAUCAAGAGCAUUCGUCGCCGAACGCUACCUUCCUCGAUAGAGAACGCGCAGGAACCUUUGCCUCCAUCUGCCCCCUUCGAACGGCGGCCGCGCCCUUCAUCCCUCGUCAUUAUGAGCGGUGUCGAUAGUCGAUACGACGAGCUGCGACAUCUUGACACCAUCCAAGGAUCUCCUGUCUUUUCAUUUGGCAGUAACUAUGGGUCGCGUGUCCACCGCUUGUCGAAUGACUUCGGGUAUUGGUCCUCGCAUGAGCAUCCUGCAGAAUUGAGACCGAAGAAACCACGCUGGUCGUCGUUUUCUUUCCUGUCUAAAUCGUCGAAGCGAUAGGAUCGAUGUAUAUUAUUUUACCAAUCAGGUUGGAUUUCUUGUCACACAAG